GAACCUGCUGGUCGUCUUGAGAAUGUGCCCCUCCCCGCUCUGCCUUACCAAGCAAGCAUGCACUCACUGCCUGCCUGCCUGCCUGCUCACCUGCUUGCUUGCUCGGCCACAAGGCCGUAAGGCCACGAGCACAGGGGCCGUCUACCUAUUAGGCACGCAGGCAUGUGUCUGCCUAAACUGAAAUACAGCCCUCGCAAAGCGCGUACCCGCCUCCCAAGAUCCCUCGAGAGACAUCAGUCAGUCAGUCAGUCAGUCAGUCAGUCAGUCAGUCAGUCACGACGCAGGCAGCGCGCAGCCGCGUAUUCGUACAACACAGACACACAGACGGCAAUCUACAACAAAGCGACCGUUCGCAGCCCUGCCCUCGCAAUCGUCGGGGCUCGUGCACCUAUCCUUUGCCCUUCCCCUUGGGCGCACAGGCCGCACCUUGCCGUGCGACCCGUUCGCGCCAAGCCCGCAAAAAUCAAAAAACCAAAAACCACAAAACGAUCCGCACGCAGAUCAGCGCGCGCGCCCGCUUUAGGCGUAAUGUUUCGCGGGGCGGACGCGGCAAAGCGUGAGUCGUCGCCCGCGCCGGUUGGCCGGCCGCCCGGCCGCCCGGCCGCGCGCUGAUUGGAGCUGUGGCGCUAGGUCCAAGGUUCUCUCUCCAUCAUCUCGGGCUUCGGGUUUGCAGUGCGGCCGGCUGGCCGGUGGUGCCGGGCGAGGGUUCCCUCUUCAAAGCUUCUUUGUUGCGUGGCUGACGGGCUCGG